CGCCGCACGGAGCGAAAUCGCGGACGUACGGCUUCGCUCACAUGGGGAUUGUAGUCGGCUGAACUGGACUCUGUUUACACUGGACACCGCCAAUGUCACGAGUUUACCGCAGGAGAUGAAGAAGAAGGAGUCAAGUGAGAGUGGAUAUGAAUAAUUUGACGUUAAUUAUAACGUAAACAGUAGCUGUUUGCAGGACACGUCUAACCUGUCUGGACUUCCUCACUCUGGACUGUCUUCCUCAUUUCCAAAUGAAUGUCUGCAAACCCGCGCUCCUACAAGGCGUUAGAACGGUUUAAUAGAGACUGAUCAGCAGAUAUCAGCACCAUGCCCCUGUCAGACUUCCUGGACAGCCUCAAGGACAACCCAUACUUUGGGGCUGGUUUUGGGCUGGUUGGGGUGGGGACAGCAUUGGCAGUGGCCAGGAAAGGUGCACAGGUGGGGAUGAUCUUCUUCCGCAGAAACUACAUGAUCACUCUGGAGGUUCCCAGCCGGGACAAGAGCUACCACUGGCUGCUGAGCUGGAUCACCAAGCACGCGAGGCACACACAGCACCUGAGUGUGGAGACUUCUUACCUGGCUCAUGAGAGUGGACGGGUGCACACGCAGUUUGACUUCCACCCAAGCCCUGGAAACCACAUCAUAUGGUACGGGAGGAAGUGGAUCAGGGUCGAGAGGACCAGAGAGAAGCAGAUGGUGGAUCUGCACACUGGAACACCGUGGGAGUCUGUCACGUUCACUGCUUUAGGCAGAGACAGACAGAUCUUCUUUAAUAUCUUACAAGAAGCAAGAGAACUGGCCCUGAAGCAGGAGGAGGGGCGGACAGUCAUGUACACAGCCAUGGGUGGUGAGUGGAGGCCCUUUGGGUUUCCGCGGCGACGCAGACCCCUCAGCUCUGUGGUCCUGGAGGCUGGCGUGGCUGACAAGAUUGUGGACGAUGUGAAGGACUUCAUUGGAAACCCCAAGUGGUACACAGACAGAGGCAUUCCCUACAGAAGAGGAUAUCUGCUGUAUGGACCCCCAGGAUGUGGCAAAAGUAGUUUUAUCACGGCACUGGCAGGUGAGCUGGGCUACAGCAUCUGUCUGAUGAGUCUGAGUGACCGGAGUCUGUCCGAUGACCGUCUGAACCACCUGCUGAGCGUGGCACCGCAGCAAAGCAUCAUACUGCUGGAGGAUGUAGACGCAGCCUUCGUCAGUCGAGAGCUGCUUCCCACAGAGAACCCUCUGGCCUACCAGGGAAUGGGACGACUGACCUUCAGCGGUCUGCUCAACUCUCUGGAUGGAGUGGCUUCAUCGGAGGCCAGAAUAGUUUUCAUGACCACCAACUUUAUUGAAAGGUUAGACGCGGCGCUGAUCCGGCCCGGCCGCGUGGAUAUGAAGCAGUACGUCGGCCACUGCACGCACUGGCAGCUCACGCAGAUGUUCAGGAGGUUCUACCCAAAGGAGCCUGCGUCCGAAGGAGAGCGAUUUGCGGAGAUAGCGUUAGCCGCCCACUCCGAGAUCAGUGCUGCUCAGGUGCAAGGACAUUUUCUGCUGCACAAAUCAGACCCCGCAGGGUCUAUAGACAAUGUUGCCCACAUAAGAGGAUGACGGGACUGAAGAUGUUUGGAGAAUGACAGUUGAAUAAAGAGAAAUAUGGCACUCA